CAGUUAAUACAAGCAAUGUUCAGGAAAAACUGGCAAACAAAGGAAGUUCUGUCUGUGUCUCGUAAAAGCAGCCUCAAAGUAGUUAUUUUGAAGACUAGUUGCAUGAUUGUGUGUAUUUCGUGUCAAGGAUUCGCAGUCGCUCAUCUGUGAAAUGUUAUGGACUUUGAAGUACAUACUCUGCAUAUUCAAUAGACCAUGAACUAUUGAGACUAACCAUAUUUUGAGCUCCGAAGCGCGUUUUAACUUUUACAGAAAAGUCUGUUUAUUACCUAUAACACUUAGAUUUUACAACAUGUGUUCAUUUUUAUCACGAUUUUUCAGCAAAAUCACCGGAACAAGAACGCAAGACGAAGAAGAGGACUCCAAAUUAGACUUUCUUGAAGGAGAUGGGCGGGCAUCCGUGACAAAGUCUGUACAACUCUUACUUGGUGCAUGUUUCAAUUCUGCUCUCUUUAUUGUCAUUGGGAUUGCUGUGAAAUGUAUUGCAGGACCAGCUAUGGUACUGGCUGUUAUACUGGGAGCUGUCUUUAGUACCCUGAAUAACCUAUCCUUGUGUGAACUAUGCAGUCGCUUUCCAACGAAGACAAGUUAUUAUGCGAUAAUUUAUGACAAUGUUGGCGAGCUCUGUGCAUAUAUUGUUGCAUGGUUUCAACUUCUACAAGUGCUUUUUAUGGUGUCUGUGGUAAGCGUGACAGUAGGAGAAUACAUUUAUUAUCUUGCCAAUCCCCCACCUCAUAUCUCGUGGCUACCUCCCCACAAAUUUUGGGCAGCAAUUGAACUUGAUACAUUAGUAUUCACUGUUGUUUUUGUGGUUGUAUUAUCUUUGAUUGUUUCGGUUGGCCUACGCUUAUGCUCUGGUUACCUGACAGUAUUAUUUUGGAUAAAUUGUGCUGCAUUUGUGUUCAUGUUUAUUGUGAUUGUGUGCUAUGCAGACACACUUCACUGGGUCGUUCCAGAAGACUUUCAACCAUUUGAAAUUAUUGGAACAGUUCAAGGAAUUGCAGUGACAAUGUUCUUUUUUACACACCUAGACAGAAUUAUUGAACAAACAUCUGAAUUCAAAAAGACUGACUAUGUUGUACCUGUCUCGUUAGGCGUUUCUUUGCUAUGUGUUUUCGUAUACUACCUAUGUGCUACCAUUUUUCUUGCAAAUUUGAUGUCAAUUGAGGAUAUUGCAAAAGAAGCUACGAUUCCAAAAGCAUUUGCAAGUGCAACAUUUUAUGACUCAAAGUAUGUCAUAUGUUCUGUAGCAUUGCUCAUUUUUGUGCUUACUAUAGUAGAGGCAUACCUUGGUGCCCAAAGAGUACUGGAUUUAUUAGUGGAGGAUGGGUUGAUGCAUCAUAAGUUUUCAAACUCAAAGAAAAAAACAAAUUUUUUUUCGGUUUUAUCAAUUGCGUUUUUAUCAAUCCCGUUGUUCGUUUGGCUUCCAGUUGUUACCCUUAUACAAGGAUUCUGCAUUUCAUCAUUAAUUAUAACACUGAUUAUAAACUGUACAACAGUUGUUGUUCAAUACCAACCCGCUGAAAAAGAAGGUGAAGAGGAAACAUCGGUUUUUCCAAAUUGGGCGUACACAAAAAGUAUGGUGAUACGGUUUUUGCUAUGUUGUGGAUAUAUUACACAUGAGAAAGUGCUUUCAACACUCGGCGUUAAGAUAGAUGUUGAGCCUACUGAACAGACAAGCAAGAUUAUUAAUUGGUGUGUGGUUCUCUAUGUUCCUUCGUGUCUUGGCCUCGCUCUGGCAAUGAUUUAUGGCUUACCUGGACUGGGAAAGAACCAAUGGGUUGUUGUAGGAGCUCUGAUAUUUCUAAUUAUUACAAUAUUCAUCAAUUUUCGUGUUAUGCUGAUGCAACCGAAGGGAAAAUCAUUUUUCUUUGAAAAGAAUAUUUUUGCAUCCCUUAUUCCACUGGUCAAUAUUGGAUUAUCAUCCAUCCUGUUGGUCACACUAGAUUGGAAAGCAUUUGUUGCUGUUGCUGUGUGGACAGGCUUAGGUAAGAAACCAAUUAUUUAGCAGUAAUAUCACAUUAAUUGGUGGUUUCAAUCUCCUAUUUUUUUUUAAUCUGCAGGUCUGACAUUCUACUUCUUAUUUGGAAUAACCUACAGCAAUGAAGCAAUUUUCAAUCGAAUUCAACAACUGGACGAAAAAUCUCCAGGACGAGUGAGAUUUGAUGACCCACCUCAACUUUCCACAAGUUUAAGAAAUGUUCAACCAGAGAACACAGAUGCUGAUUCUCAACAAUUUUUAUUUUCUGAUGAUACAGAACUGUUGGAGUUUCCUCAGAAUAGAUAAUUUUGUACCUGAAGUGUUAGUCAGAUUGUUGUAGUGAAAAUAAAAUACUUUCUCAUAUUUACUGCUGAGGGGAAGCUCCACACGCAAGCACAGCCUGACCAAUGAACAAAAAUAUCUCGUAUUUACAAUAAAUUGAUUUGUACAAAUUACUGCAUCUCAUCAAACUAAUUAUCACAUGUUAGACUAAACCCAAUUAUAGUUAGCACUACAGCAAGUCAGCAACUACAUAAUAGCUUUUCUUUUAGCCGUAGUUCACCCUGGGAGUGGCCUACACCAAAUACUGGGAUAGUGCUGUGUCAGUAUUAGUACUAGAAAUGGGGCCAUGUUUCAAAGAGCUUCUAUAUUUCAGUGCAAUAUUGAAUUUGUGUAGAGUUAAUUUGUGGCAGUGUUGUAGACCAGGUACUAUAAUAUAGGUGAUUUCAUCAUGGAUAGAUAUUUUAAUAGAACAUGAUUUAUAUCUUAUCUUUGUGUAAUUUGUUAAAGACGAUUUAGAUGAUUUUGUAGACGAAUUUUUGAAGAGAAUAAAGCAUUGGUAG